AUGCCCCUGCCCGUUCCGAUCCCCCGCCUCCUCGCCGCCAUCUCUGCUGCCGCCUCCUCGCCCGCUGACCUCCGCCGCCUCUCCCACCUCCUCCUCAACCCCUAUGCCCCACUCCCUCCGCUCCGCUGCCUCAACACCUUCCUCAUGGCCCUUGCCCGCCACCGUAUGCUCCCGGACAUGGAGUCCUUCACAUCCCGCAUGCCCGCACGCAACCUUCGCACGUACACCACCCUCAUCAACGCAUACUGUCUCGCCGGCGACCUCCCUGCUGCUAAGAGGCAUCUUGCCUCCCUACUCCGCGCCGGUCUCGCACCGGAUUCCCAUGCUUAUACCUCCUUUGUUCUUGGAUACUGCCGUGCUGGGCUGUUUGCGCACGCCUGCCGGGUGUUUGUGCUAAUGCCGCUCCGAGGGUGUGCGCGCACUGCCUUCACGUACACUGCCCUGCUCCAUGGUCUUUGUGGCGCUGGUAUGCUGCGCGAAGCUGUGUCAGUGUUUAAUGGGAUGCGGGCAGACGGGUGCACCCAUGACACGCACGUGUACGCCACGAUGUUGCAUGGGCUGUGUGGGGUGGGGCGAACUAGUGAGGCGGAAGUUCUUCUUGCUGAGGCAAUCACCGAUGGUUUUGAACCGAAUGUGGUUGUCUACAAUGCGCUGAUUGAUGGCUACUGCAAUGCUGGGGACAUGAAGCUGGCUGUUAAUGUUUUUGACAGGAUGGAUGUUAAUGGCUGCUCACCAAAUGUCCGGACAUACACUGAGCUGAUAUGUGGGUUCUGCAAAUCUAGGAAGGUGGACAGAGCCAUGGUGCUGUUCAACCGGAUGGUUCAGGCUGGUUUGCUGCCAAAUGUGGUGACAUACACGGCCUUAAUUCAGGGACAUUGCAGUGAUGGGCACUUGGAAUGUGCUUUUAGGAUGCUCGAGUCGAUGGAGACCAGUGGGUUGGUUCCUAGUGAGUGGACUUGCUCAGUGUUGAUUGAUACUCUGUGCAAACGUGGAAGAGUUAGAGAAGCGCAGUUGUUUCUUGCAUCUGUCAUACAGAAGGGAUAUAAGGUGAAUGAGAUUGUCUACACCAGCUUGAUUGAUGGAUUGUGCAAGACAGGAAAUGUUGGUGCUGGUGACAAGUUAAUGCAGAAAUUGGUUUCACAGGGGUUUGUGCCAGAUGCCCAUACAUACAGUUCACUGAUUGAUGGAUUAUGCAGGCAAAAGGAGUUGUCACGAGCGAUGUUGGUAUUGGAUGAUAUGAUGUUGAAAGGAGUACAACCCAGUGUUGUCACAUAUACAAUUCUAAUUGAUGAACUUGUUAGGGAGCUAGGAUCUGAAGGUUCAAAGAAGAUACUUGAUAAGAUGAUUGCAGCAGGUACUAAGCCUGAUGUUUUCACCUACACAAUAUUUGUUCGCUCCUACUGUUGUGAGGGGAGGAUGAAAGAUGCUGAACACAUGAUGGUUCAAAUGGUUGAUCAUGGCGUUUGCCCUAACUUAGUGACGUACAACACUUUGAUAAGUGGGUAUGCCAAUUUAGGACUAGCAAGUCAAGCGUUUUCAACUUUCAAGCACAUGGUUGCUACCGGGUGCAAGCCAAAUGAGGAUUCCUACACGAUUCUUCUUAGGCUAUUGGUAAAGAAAAAGUCCUCUAAUGAUAUGCCUGCCUGCUCCGUUGAUAUAUGGAAAAUAGCAGAAAUGGAAUGUCUCCAGGGGCUUUUGGAGGAAGUGGUUAAGCUUCAGUUGCCUUCAGACAUUGAUAUUUAUAAUUGUUUUCUUAGGUCUUUAUGCCGCGUUGAUAGAUUGGCGGAAACUAAAAUUUUGCUAGUUGAGAUGCAGAGUGCUAACUUGACCCCCAGUGAGGAUGUAUAUACUUCAAUUAUAGGGUGUUGUUGCAGACUAAAAAUGCCAGCUGAAGCUUUGACAUUUCUUGAUUCAUUGAUCGAAAGUGGUUAUUUACCACAUAUAGAAUCAUAUAGGCAUAUUAUUUGUUCUCUUUGUGAGGAAGGAAGCAUUAAGACCGCUAAACAUGUUUUUGGUGACAUGCUGUCGAAGGAAUACAACUAUGAUGAAAUUGUCUGGAGGAUUCUGAUUGAUGGUCUAUUGCAGAAGGGCAAUGUUGCUGAGUGCUCAAGUCUGCUCUCAGUGAUGGAGGAAGAAGAUUAUCGCCCUAGUGAUGCAUUGUAUGCCAGGCUUACAGGUAAAAUAACAGUUGCAAAUGAUGGUCAGGAAACAGCUUGAUAAAGUUAGAUAAACCAAUCAACUGUUGUGUGUUGGUGGUCUAUUGCACAAGUUGGAUCUGUUUCAUCCCUUGGAGUAAAAAUGUCACUGCAGAAGACCACACAAACUACACACAGAAUAAGUGUACUCUCAUUGUCUUCAACCACUGGCUAGACCUUUAUGUGUCACAUGCAUCAGAUUCUCAGUGAUAGCCGGAGCUUCUCAACAACUAGAAGAGGAACUAGAGCAGCCUGCAUUCAAUUUUGCAGAUAGCAAGGUAGUUGUUGUCUCAGGAACUGAGAAGGGUCAGCUACUUGUCCAAGAGAUAUAUACAGCAACAAAUUGGAAUUGCUUGUGAAAGUUGAUUGCCGUAACAUGGUGAAAUUACUUGUUUAUAAUGGUAAAGAACACGAGUACUGAAGUUCUGGACAGCUUACUCCAACUCACUCCAAGAAUACUUGAACCGUAAAUAUGGUAAUCAGAUUCUGGAAAAAGCCCCAGAUGCAGCUCAUUGCUAAUGCACCGAUUCAGCUUCAUGUAUGUGUAAGGUAGGUUGACCGUUGACCCUCUGACAUUAGAAACUGAAAUUAAAUGGAACACCAGUUAUUCUGUCCAUACUUAAAAAUAAUGUUCAGUGCAUAACUUGUAAUCUACAUUGAAGGUUAUACAAUUACAUUUAUUCUAGUCCAAGCUAUGCAUGUCUCAUUAUGCUUCUGUUUAGUACUCUUUCUAGUUUUUGAAAUCUUGGAUGAUAACUGGAAUUGCUAUAUUAAUAUCGGGAAGCGUUUGGUGACAGCGAUUUAUUUUUUUCAAAAUUUAUUCAUGGAGCCAUUGUCACUUUGAAAACCUUGUUAUCCUAUUAAGAGCAACUCUAGCAGAUCCUAGAUAAACCGAACCUGUAAAACUCGGAUUGGGUACCCCCGAAACGUGUUUUCCAGUGCCUCACGAGACG